AUGGUAGCUGAAGAGCAUGAUAGAACGAACAUCGGUUGCGAUGGUUCUCAAAAGGCGAGCCAGCUCUCAAUUAAUCAUGAUUCUGUUAAACUUUUAGUAAGGAAUACGUAUUGGACUAAAGAUUACAUGACAGGUAUCAAAUUAUUUAUAAGACAUAUGAAGGGACAGAAGGAUUUGUUGAGUAAAGAUAUUGCAUUUUACAGUGAUUUUUCCGACAAAUUUUGGAAGCCAUCGUUAAACAACCUACAAAAAUUAGAACCCACUAAUUCCAUCAAUAAACAGCUACUUGCAUCCAUGAGGGAACGCUUUAGUAUUAUAUCCACCGACCAAAUCGAGAGUGAUUGUAAGAUACCGUUACAAGAACUAAGAGAUCAUUCUGAAAGUUUCCUUCGUGAAGCAGAAAACGAUUUGUCAUCUCGGUAUUCAGUUUACGCUAAAGAUUUAAUCAAAGUCAAAGAAUCAUUAAAUGAGUGUGAAAAAAAAAUUCGAUACAUAUAUAAGUUAAAGAAAGUCAAGACAUCGAUAAAAGAUCCGCUUGAUAUUUCUAAUGGCAAGAACGAUGGCGAUGGAACAUCUGUAUUCGGGCUGGAGUUUGCAUGCGAAUUCCCUUACGCCCUGGAUGCUAGAUUGAAAUUUGAUAAUAGCGAACAGUUUAUGUCAUUUCUGUUGGACUUGAAGGGAAGUGUUAAAGUGGAAAAAAGUAUGUUUCCUGUUCCCGGGUUGCCAAAUGAAAGUUUUGAAGGUCAGUCGUUAUUCAAGGAAUUGAAGAAACUGGAGCCCAAACUAGACCUAUCCUUGUUUAAUAUUGAUAGAAUGGGUAAUGAAUUUAUUCAUCUAGGUAUAAUAAAGGGGUACUUCCUGAGCUUUUAUUCCAGUAAAAAUUCGCGAUUUGACCUUCAAAAAUACUAUUAUUGGGAUUGUGAGAUCUUUAACAAGCAUAAGAUUAUUUAUGAUGCCACUCCAAGGACUAAGAAAGCAUACGGCGAUCUAACACCAACUGAUAAUAAACAUGAAGAGAACUUAAGUGUAUCUUCCAUCAAAACUUCCAUAUCUGAUUGGAUUCGCAAAGUUAGUCUUCAGGACGACGACGACGGUGAUGUAACGGGGGGUGAAGAUAUAAACGAAAAUGAUUGGAAGAGCUUCAAGCAGCAAUUAAGUUCAUUACAGGAUAAUUUCUUUUCGAGAUGUUGCCAGUUGGAGUAUUCUAAAGUGCAAUUAGAGAAAACCAUCUACGACUAUUGUAAAAACUAUUCUAAAAUGGACGACGAAAUCAAGCAAAGUCUAGCGUUAUCUAACAAGAUUUUCCAUCAAAGAUGUGAACAAUUUACCAAAAGGCCAGUGUGUUCUUCACGGGAAGAAGACCCGUGCCAGAAAAAGGACGACAUAACAGGCUUUUUCCUUAGGGAUAAUGGCAUACCGUUCCGAAAGUGGAACAUCUUGGAGUUAAAUGACCCAAUGGAUGCCUGCAAAGAAAUCUCCAUUAAACGUGAGAAGUUUUUUUGUGGUAGCGAAAUAUGCGAUGACAUGACUUUCACAGACACUUUAGAGACAAUCAAGAUUAUACUGCGGCAGAUUGAAAAAGAACCAAAUGCUGGGAAAAUCACACAAAGCUGGCACAAUGAUAUUGAUUUCAUAAGGAUCUCAAAUUUGAAAAGAGAUCUAUUGGGGAAAUUCAAAGAAUCGAAAACUUUCCAAAAUACAAACUCCAUCAUAACGGCCCAGUUCUUGGAAAAAUCACACACCUACGUGACCAAUGAUUUCGUCGGACUCAUCAAAUUAUGGCUAUUAGAGCUACCUGAUAGUCUAGUACCUUCAAGCCAUUACGAUAUCUUGGUCAAAGCAGAAGAGCCGUUGAUUCCCUUGUGUGAACAAUUCUCAACGAGCUCCUUAAGAUUCCUACACGAGUUAGCAAGACAUUUUCAACUUCUCAACGCCGAGUCCUCACUCCCACCGCAAACCGUCCGCAACCUGUUUGUAGACUACAGUGAUAUAGACAUCCCAUUGGCGCACCACUUCAUAAGAAGAACAGGCUUGCAGAGCCCAAUGGACAUCAAGAUCUUGUCGCCAGCGCUAUAUACGUUUUUUAUCAAUCAAGACACACUAAAAACCUUGCAAAGGCUGGUCGAUAACGACACUACCGCUACGCCAACGCCUACUGCCCUCACAGAUCCACCCACCAUAAUCAUAAAGGACACCGCUCCACUUUCAUCUUCUACGUCUAACCCGCCACCAAAUAACCACGAUGGCCCAUUCAUCCCACGGCCUUUCAAAACUAGUUCUAUUCCGACAACCCCAGAGAAACCUAGACGCAAGAGCGGCCUUUUCCUCCCCAUCAACGUCAACGACCGCCCUUCUAUAUAA